AUGCAGGAUCUAGAGCACCGAUUGGCAGCUCGAGAGCAUCGCCAGCAAACACCCGAGUCGAGCGACUCCCGUUCUCCGCUGAGAAGCCGCUCCCGACGCGCGGCUAGCCAAAGGUCCGAAUCUGAAAGCCCCUGGGAGGAAGGACGCAUAAGGAGGCGCCACAACCCCCUCAUAUAUAUCAGGAACAGGAGGCAGCGUGCCACAAACCACGCCGCUGAUCGUGACCGGGAAGAUGGUCGUCGGGAAGAUGAAAGGAGAACACGGCGAGCAAGCGGACCUAUCAUAGUAGGCGCGACCCCUUUUCAUCGUUCCAUCCUCGAAGUCCGGCUGCCAAAGCACUUUGACAAACCUACGGACAUGAGGUAUGACAGAAUGCAAGACCCGCAAGAGCACCUCACGGCCUUCGAGGCCAGGAUGAACUUGGAAGGAGUGGGGGACGAGGUAAGGUGCCGCGCUUUCCCGAUCACCCUCGCUGGACCUGCGAUACGGUGGUUUAAUAACCUCCCGCAGGGCUCGAUGGCCAAGUUCUCGGAUAUAAGCCACGCCUUCUUAGCCCAAUUCACUACCAGGAUAGCCAAAGCAAAGCACCCAAUCAACUUGCCCGGAGAACCGACAAGAAAAUAUCUGGAUCGUUUUAACGACGAGUGCCUAGAGAUCGAUGGACUGACCGACUCAAAAGCACCUCACGACAAAGCCGGUGUGGACGAUGCAGGAGAUCCAAUCGUAGCCAGAGAAUACAUCAAUGACGAAGAAGUCAGCCAGGUAGUGGCUGCCAAUAAACGGCAACCCUCCUACAGUCAAAACCGGCACCACCAAAGCGGAAAAAGGCAGAAGGAACUCGCUAGAGACGGCGGUCCGAGUAAAAAUCCCAGGCCGUUCCCUCGCGUUGGGAAGUUCACCAACUACACUCCCCUCACCGCGCCGAUUGUGGAAGUUUACCAACAAAUAGCCGAGAAGGGGAUCCUGUCAAAGCCCCGACCACUGAAGGAGCGAACAGGGGGGAACCAGAGCCUCUACUGUGACUAUCACAAGGGCUACGGACACAAAACUCAGGACUGUUUCGACUUGAAGGACGCGCUAGAGCAGGAAAUUAGAGAUGGAAAGCUAGCUGAGUUCACCCACCACAUUAGGGAGCCGAGGAGACGGAACCGCGGCCACGAAAGCGAGGACGGAACACAGGCAGCAAAGUGGCGCCAAGAGCCGGAAGAGAACGAUCACGGCCUCACCAUAGUAAACGUGGUAACAGCAAGAAACGCGGCUCCCAGGUUGAAGUCGGCACAUAAGAAGGACGCCAAGGUCCUCGCGGUUUCCUCAUCCUCUGCGCGAAGCACCAAGAAACUCCCAUCCAUCUCAUUCGGCCUGGAGGACCAAUGGUUUGACGAGAUCGGGGAAAGCCCUCCCAUGGUCAUAACGGCCAGAGUAGGAACCGGUCUUGUCAAGCGAAUCCUUAUAGAUACGGGGCAGACUCGAACAUCAUGUUCCGCAAUGUGUUCGACGCUUUAG